AUGGUCAGUCCACGAGAGACGUCCUCGCCGGACCCACUCGAUCAGCCUUCCUAUGGCCAAUUGCUCCAUCGAGCGAGGAGGGAAUUGCAGGAGCGCGUAACCUCUGGAAAGGUGGAGAUUGAUGCCCAUGGCAACUACGUGAUUCGUCUACCAAGCUCCAACGCAGGUGCUCGUACGUCCACUCGCCAAAUUCCUCGAUCUAUCUCCGCGUACCAAGUACCAUCCUCUAGGCACCAACCCACUGAUGCAUCACGCGCACCUAGCCCUUCCUUCGCCACCAAUCUCCAAGCUCAUCCUGCCGUUCCACCACUCCAAGGCUUGGGCAUUGCGUGCAUAGCCGCGACGCAUCAGGUUUCCAGUCUACCCGGGCAACAUGGAUCUGCAGCGCACUCGGCUUCUCUAGCGUCAGGCUCUCACAUCGUUGCUAAGCGUGCCGUCAGCGAUUCGCAGAGUCGCAGACGCAAAGCUCAAAGCUUGAGCGAGCUCGGACUUCCUACACAAAAGCGUCUCACUCCACAGCAGCGUGCCGCAUGGUCGUCCUUUUCAGCCGUGCCAGACAGCCUUCGCCCAUCGAGUCUCAUGGAUGGCGAAUUUAUCUGGACAACAGAUGCACUCGGCACACAGCCGGUCGCGGCUCAUGCUUCUCACAUGGAAUCGAGCGGGCACCUAUCCAUCAACGGCACCCAAGAUGAGAGCUCCACCUACGUCAUGCGCCUGGAACAGUCUUCAUCGACGCCCCCUGCUGGAGCCAGACGCACGUUGGGAACGUUUCGCCCCUUGCAGAUCGUCUUUGAUCUCAAUGACAAGUCCCAAAGGGUCGAGCGGCUUCGUUUCUCACCUCACAGUUCGGCCUCUUCUACGCUUUCGCGCGCAGAUUCGACGGACACCUCGCUCACGAGCAUGAUGGAUGGCAUUACUCGAGCUUUCGACCUCUCGCUAACGCUGCCCGAAAGUGACACCACUCGCGUCGACUUUGGCGCGGUGCCGUUCAGAUCCGCCCCCAAGCACAAGCCUCGCCCGAGCGUACUUCCUAUGCGUACUAUAGGCCGCGGAAGAUCUAGCAUUCCUGUGGCCUCUCAUUCGAGCACAUCCAUGAACCACAUUGUCCUAGCAGCGCCUCCCAAGGACAAGACGUCCAGCCGCGCGCCUCAGCGCCGCAACACACACGACCUCGUGAGAAGCCCAGCACCGCCUUGCGAUCGCUGUGGUCACAUGCCUCGAGAGUGCUCCAUCAAUGGCUGCAGCACUGCUACCUUCAGUGGACAGAUCGGCUCGACAUGUGACAAGAAAGGGUCCAUUCGCAAGCCAUGCGAGACGCCUUCAAAGUAUUCUCGGCCUCAGGUCUCCAUCCUUCGUCACGUCGGACCGGCACGUCCCGUUGCUAUGCGUCGCAUCCCCGUCAUGCGUUCCUUUAGCGCUCCGAUCCACUUUCGCAACGACACACCACACGCCACGUCCGUCGAUGGGCCAUGCGACCCUGCAAAGUGCAGCCAAGGAACGCUGGACGGCCAAGAUUGUGGAAGCGUAGAGUGCGACCAUUGCACCGAGUCUUGGCUCUCAGGAAUCAAGUCGCCCACCCUUCCACCGGAAGAAGUCGCUACCUCCUUUAGCAUCUCGUCCCGACUCGUCGACUCUCCAGCUUCGCUUGUUCAAACGUCUAGCACCGGUCAACAGCGCGUGCAAGCUCUUUGUGACACUCCGACAAAGUGCAACAUCCCACUCGCCAGCGAUGGCUCCAUUCAUCUCGAGUGCCAACCUGGACCAGUCGGCAAGACUCUACCUUGCAACUCUGGCUCCUCCCGCAGCUUGCUCUGGACCCAGGUCCACGCUUCGCCUGUUCACACGCGCACUCAAAGUGUCAAGUUUCGCAAAGGUAGUAAUUGCAACGAGGAGCAACGCCAGAUGCGCCCGAUUGUUGGUCGCAAGCGACGCGGCUCAUGGGUGGAUCGCGUGGUGAGCAGCACGACCGAAAAGCUGCCUGGAUCCAUCGGACGUCCAAGGAGCGUGAGCAGCAUCAAUUUGAGUCGCUCGCCUAGCAUAGCUCAGGCCAGCUCUCUUCGAUCGCCGGACGUAGAUCUCAGCGCUAGCUUCGUGUCGAAAUUGGAAAUCUCUAGGUCUCGCGCCACUUCGAUGGACAUGGAGCGUGGCCGCCUCGCAAGUCCUCUUACGGACCACGCUCGUUUCACCACGCCGGUGCAUCCCGCACGUCUUGGCCAUGUUGAGCACACUCCGCAUACGAGAAACGUUGUGACCAUGUCCUCGAUACCCUCGGUCAAAGAGGCAGCCAAGCGUGCCAAGCGUCAUGCUCCUCGUCUGAGCAUACACGGACUUUCUUUCGCCCUGCCCGCCCGUCGUGCAUCCACAUCCACGAUGAGCCCGUGCGCGCCUUCCAACGCCUCUGACACUGCCGAGAGCGAUCGACGUCUCAGCUCCUAUCUCACCGAAAAAGACGACGAAUGGCUGGACGUGCACCGCAUCGAUGCGCAAAAUCAGUCUUUCUCUGAUGCUGCACCUCGUCAAGGCCCGCUCCACGUCGUUGCAUCGCUCAACAACAACAACGUCGCUACACCACCUCGCGUUCAAAGCUCGGCUCUCAAACGCUUCGCCAAUGCCGCCCGUCAAGUAUUCGACGAGCUGCUCAUCAAGUGA